UCGCUAAAGUUCAAGAACUCAUUUUGGCUGCUCAGUUCAACUCUGCAUAACCCGCAAAGAUGAGCAGUGUAAUCAGAGAAAAUGGCGAAGAAGAUUUAUUCGCGAAAGUAGCACUAGCUGCAGAUGAGCUCUAUAUGAUUCGCGAGAGAUUUUUCCCGGUUAACCCAGAUGAAAAAACCUCUCUUUUGCAGAGCAAAUCCGAUCUUGCCCUCCAACUGCUCGAUGCAAUUCCUCCUGAGAGAAGGAAAUUAUCGAUGCAGCGAGCUACAUACGAGUACUUGAGGGGAAAAAUAUUGGAUGUGUUUCCUGAUUAUAAGAAGGAAGCAGAGGAUCAUCUCUCCAAAGCUGUAAAGUUGAACCCUUCUCUUGCAGAUGCUUGGCUGUGCUUGGGUAACUGCAUAUGGAAGAAAGGGGAUUUAGCUUCAGCCAAGAAUUGUUUCAUGUUUGGUUUGAGCAAGGGUCCCAACAAACGAAUACUUUGUCAACUGUCAAUGCUUGAAAGAAAAAUGGCUCAAGGUGCUGAAGAUCAAGCAGAAAUUGUUGAAGAGAGCAUAAAGCAUGCAAAGGAAGCUAUCACUGUAGAUGUCAAGGAUGGAUAUUCCUGGUAUAACCUAGGUAAUGCCUAUCACACAUCAUUUUUUGUUACUGGAGCUUGGGAUCAUGGAAAACUUCUACAAUCAUUGAAAGCAUACCAAAAUGCUGAGAGAGAUGAAAGAAUGAAGUGCAGUCCAGACCUAUAUUUCAACUGUGCUACUGUAAACAAAUAUCUUGAGAAUUAUGAGCGGGCCCUUACUGGAUUUGAAGCUGCUGCACUGAAGGAUCCUGGUCUUAAUGCAACAGAGGAGGUCCAAAAGGUUGUUUACCUUCUUGAAAAAUUGGAUAGUUUGCUAAGGGGACAGAACAAGUCCAAGCGGCUUGCUUCCCUGACAUCAUCACUCAAUAGCAUUAAUGUGAAUCCUUCUUACAGAAGGGCAACCAUAGAUUUUCUCUCAGAAGGUCUUAAUAAAGGGGUUGUAUUGAUCGGGAAAGUCAUGUUCUUCGUUAAACAUGGGACUCCAACUCCACUCUAUUAUGUUCUAUGUGAUUCUGCUCAAGCAUGCUAUGUUCUAUCUGUCUAUGGAGUACAAAAUGAGGCUAUCAAAGAAGGAGAUGUGGUCACACUGUUGCAACCCUACUACCAUCUUGUUGACUUUUCGUGGAAAGGAAAGCAUUACGGAUUCAAGUCAGUCCGUGCGGAUUUCUCAGAGCAAGUGCUUGUGAAUGGAAAAGCUUUGUCUCAUCAACACGCUGUUCGAUCAUCUUUCUAUUUGCAAUACAAGCCCUACUAAAGAGGAGAUGCACACCUUUGCUUUGUACAUAUAUUAAACAUACUUGUGAUUCUUUUUUUUGGGGUUUAGAUGAAUAUGUGAAUGAAUAGGGUUGUGAUACAAUUGGCAUAUGAAAAUACCUAGAUAACUGGCUUGGUUUUUUUUUUUUUUUGAAUAUCAUUUCGUGUUUUUGUAAUUAAGUUAAUUCAUGUAAUUUCCCUUCAUUUCUUGCUUGUUUAAGCAUAUUAUUCCCCCCGUGUUUUUGUACACCUUAAUUGGAAGAUGGUUACUUUUGA